ACAUAUUUGGCUUUUCAACUCAGGAGGGGUUCAAUUCAGAGCCAAUAUGCCUACAUGUCUACAACUAGUGCUAUCCAGAUCCAUCUCCCAAUAAUCCUGAUCAUUGUGGCCUAAACCAAAGCAUUUUUCUAAGGACGCUCUCUCCCUCUCAAUUGAAACCCUUGCCACUAUGAGGAAGGCCAAAGGGGGCGGUGCCUCGGGCUCGGGGAACACGCCCAUGACGGAAAGCGACAAGAGUGCCCAACAAAUCCGGGCUCUUCAAACCAGUGAGAGCAACAACAAGACUUGCAUGGAUUGUGGCCAAAGGGGACCCACCUAUGUCAAUAUGACCAUUGGAUCAUUUGUGUGCACCAAAUGCUCGGGCAUGCUGCGUGGCAUCAACCCGCCCCACCGGAUCAAGUCUAUCUCUAUGUCCUCGUUUUCUGCUGAUGAGAUUGAUUUCCUUCGAUCCCGAGGCAAUUUAUGGUGUCAACUGGUGUGGUUGGGUCUCUAUGAGGGUCAUCGAAGUCCUGAGGGCAUGGAUGAGGAAAGGGUGAAAGAGUUCAUCAUUGAGAAAUACGAAAAGAAACGAUAUUAUGUCGAUCCCAGCACAAUUGCCAGCACUUUGCCCCAGCCCAACCAAUCGAGUUUGGGCGGCUGGACUCCCAACGAGGCCACUUCAGGGAGAUCUAACUUGAUCGGCUCGACUCUUACGGGCAGAUUAGCCUCGGGAGGUGGACACGCCCAAACCAGUCGGGCUAAUGCCGACCCAUCCACUUCGUCCGUGGUGAGUCGACCCACGAACUCGCAACCUCAACCCUCUGAGAGUUCGUUGCAAUCCAAGCCGGAUUCAAGUUUCCUGGCGGACUUCUCAGCCUUUUCGAGUGGGCCCACCCCCAGUCCAGCCCCUUUGGUGUCGACCUCCAAUGCGAACCAGGGGGUCGAUCCCUUUGGUUCAUUGUCCAAAUCCCAACCGAAUACAGGCACCCCCUCUAACUUCAACGCCAAUUCGGAAACCAAUGACUUCUUUGCUGAUUUUGAUGGGGCUCAAUUUGACACUCCAACCAUUGCCACACCCAUUCCUAAACCCCAAGCCUCUACCAGCCACAACACCCCGGGAAGCGUUUCUUCAUCGGCUUUUGGUGCCGCUCCCGCUUGGGGUGCCACGCCUCCAUUAAGACCUUUGAUGCAACCCAAACAGCAGAUGGUGAAGCAACAAGCUACAAGGCCACAGAGCACGCCCAUUACCAAUAACCAAACUGCGGCCGACAAGUAUGCGGCCUUGAAGGACUUGGAUGAAAUCUUCAAGAGCACUGUAACGUUGACCGAUAGCCCCUCUGGAACAACUGGUGUGAGCAUCUUUGGAAGCUCUCCUAUUCCAGCCUCAAACUUGAGCAAGUCUCUUUUUGAGAAAGAAUCUUCGACCAAGGGGACAGGCCAAUCGAGCCUUUUCGACUCGACUGGCAAUAAUGACUCCUGGGCUACGAGUUUCAACAAACUAGAGAACACGACGUCUUCGAACGCUGGAACUACUUGGGACUGGGCUGACCGCAAUGGAGCUAAGCCAAGAGCCAAUAGUGCUGCAGGGACCACUGGUGUCGCAACCUCGCCCGUCAAUCCAUUUACCGGUGCCGGAAAUAUGUCUCAACUGAAUACCAGUCCCUGGCCCACUACUGGCACUAGCCCCGUGAACAAUCCACCCGCAUCUGCCGCCGCCAACUGGCCACCCGAAUCUGCAUCUUCUAAUUCCAACAAUUCAGGGACAUCUGCAUCUACCGGGUUCGAAUCGGAUCCAUUUGCCACAUUCAAUCUCCAAUCAGGCUCUAAAGGAAAUACUAUGGACUUUUUUGGCACUGGCUCGCAAGCCCUGGACGAUCCUUUCGCUACUAAUAAAGCUCCUUCGGCUCAAGUAGGAAACGGAAAUUUUGAUGCCUUCCUCCAAACGUUGACUUCUCCAGGAAAUGGUGCAAUGGGGAACGGCAACCCUUGGACUUCUUCCAAUGUGGUUCAGAAUGACUUAUUUUCCGUCAACAAUCCAGGCAUUCCUAAUUCGUCUAAAAAUUCUACAAAUCCUUUUCUUUGAAACAAAUUCAACAACAGGCCUCUUAUCUACAAACCAAUCAAAUAGUGACCGCAGGAAAACUUAUUGGUGAUUUGACCUCUUAGUCCCACCAUCCUUGCCCAUUUUAUGCGUAACAUUAUUGCUAUCAUUGUCAUUCUUAUUUCUCUUCUCUACUCUCCUAAAUUAUUCUUUAGUGGUUGUAAGACACCAUGACGCAAAUGUGAUAUGGAAUAAGAAUUUUGAGGGGGAAGUGAGAGUCAUUCUUUCGACUAAGAAAAUUUGUGAAUCUCUCUUCCAUUGUUUCCAUUGUCAGAAUUCUGAAAUACAAUUUUCUCUCCUUUCA